UGCUGUGGACAAAUCUAGACACGAUUAGAGAAUUGUGCGUGACCCCCUUCUCCUCUGCGAAUCUGUGUCCUCCCCUCUCUUUCUCUCUCUCUCAAAGACAUUUGAAAUUUAGCAUCGAGAGCCAUGUCCGCUGAAUCGGCUUCUGCAAUCCACAGAAAUCAAGUUGAUUUACUGGACUUUGUCGACUGGUCUAGCGUGGAAUGUUUGAAUCAGAAGAACAGUCACUCUCUUCCGAAUGCUCUCAAACAGGGGUACAGAGAGGAUGAGGGUUUGAUUUUGGAAAGUGAUGCGGAUGAGCAGCUAUUGAUUUAUAUUCCUUUCAAUCAAGUUGUUAAAUUGCAUUCUAUUGUAAUUCAAGGACCAGAGGAGGAAGGUCCAAAGUCUGUGAAGUUGUUUGCUAAUAGGGAGCACAUGGGGUUCAGUAACGUCAAUGAUUUCCCCCCAAGCGACACUGUCAUUUUAUCUACUGAGAACCUUAAGGGAAAACCAGUAAUCGUCAAGUAUGUGAAGUUUCAAAAUGUCCGCAGCUUGACAAUUUUCAUCGAGGACAAUCAAUCUGGUUCUGACAUUACAAAAGUUCAAAAAAUUGUUCUCUAUGGAACAACGGUGGAAACAACGGAUAUGAAAAGUCUCAAGAAAAUUGAGGAUCACUGACCCCAAAACGAGCGCAAGAGACAAUCAGAAUUUGUUACAUUGGAAUCAUUUUCAAUAUCUUCUUCUUUAACUAGGAAAUGAGAUGUUGAUCUGUUUUUCCUUUCCAUAGAACUCUGAUGACAACUUCCGCGAAGAGAGACGUACAUGGUCUUAUAGUUGUUACCUCUUUACAUUUUCCAAUUUGGGGCAAGUGCCUUCAUGUGGAAGAAGAUGGCAAGUAUUUCUGUAGCUGCGUCAUCCAAGCAAUCUCAGGCAUGGUGUUUCAAUAUAUGGACAGAAGUUACCCCGGUUGUUGCCCUUUAGCUGUUUAAGGUGUGGUGUUGAAAGUGGGAGUAAAAUUGAAUAUGACUAUUUUGUGUGAAAUUUGGUUCUAGAAUCUCUAUAGACUUGCUUUGGGUUCUGUCUUAUUACAAACUUAAAAGUGCAGAUCUGAAGAUACUUGCACAUUUUUGGGUUAUUCUUCCGAUGAUUAGUUGUUGCUCAUCAGUAAAAGCCCCUAUUGAUAGUA